AUGGACCGCCGCGGUGGGGCCGGGGCGCCUGGGUACGGCGAGGAGGGCGAGGACGAUGAUGACGAAGAGGAGGAGCGGGAGAGCGGCCUUGCGGCCAUGCAGGGGUCCAGACUGCUCCCCAUCACGGGCGGCGCCGCAGAACGGAAGGUGAAGAAGAAAAAGAAGAAGAAAAAGACCAAGGGUUCGGGCAAGGGGGACGCAGAUAAACAGCAGAGUCGAAGCCUGAAGAAUCAGUCGCUUUCCGCAUCUUCUCAUGACAUCUUAAGUCCCAGCAAAGAUCACGGCCUGAAGCAAGAGCACAAACAGGACAAAGAAGACAACAAGCGCAUCCUCUCUAACCCCCCCAUGGUGAGUCUCCCCGACACUGCCGAAGUAGAAGAGAACCUUUCGCACCAGAUCAACGAAAGCCUGCGUUGGGAUGGGAUUCUCGCCGACCCUGAGGCAGAAAAAGAAAGGCUUCGCGUGUAUAAACUGAACCGGAGGAAGAGGUACUGGGUUUUGGCCCUCCAGGGCUUUCGCUCUGACCAGCGUGCUGAGGAGACCUUGGAGAACCUUCCCCCCAUCUCCGACAGAGACAGCAGCUCCAGCAGCAGGCCGCCCCCUCUGAAGGCUGACAGCCCACACCACUACUUUGAAGCAAACGUGACUCCAAAGACCCUACACUUGGAUUUAGCUCCUUCUCUGCUGGAAUGA